AUGGGCAGUUGUUUACUUUUUGUUAUACUUAUCAUGAAACUAUGCGAUGCUAAUAAACAGACGGUUCAGGUAUCUGUUAGGACUACAAAUAAACCAUUAGGACGCUUAGAUUUGUUGGAAUGCGCAGUACUUGAACCUGACGAAUAUGAUAAGCAAUCAGCUAAAGGUUUAUGUCCACCUCAGCCAACGAAGCUUCUAAAGACAUUUGAAAAUAAGCUGAAAAAAUUAUAUCAUGGAAAAUCUCCCUGGUUAAUGAAGAAAGAGAAGAAGGAAAGGAAAGAUUGGAUAAUGAAGAAGAAAAAGAUAAUGAAGGCGGUAUUUUUGGGCAAACAAUCGUUUUAUCAAUUGCCAUUGCAAAAUGAUAAUUCUGAUUUUGAGCUAAUCGAAGGAUUAUUUCUGAUAUUGGAAUGUCAAACAGGGCAAAAAGUAAAGAAAGUCAAACAUUUGCCAAAUAUUGAAUGGUACCUGAAUGGUGCACCAAUAAUUACUGAUUCUCGGUUGUCUUGGAGGGUCAAGCUCACACCAUUGAAAUAUCUUCAGAUUUGGCCGUUAAUGGUAACCCGAGAUGAUGGACGAUAUGAAUGUUUUGUUGAUGGUAAACCGUAUGGAUCUGUCACACUACAUGUCAUUACUGCAGCAGAAGGAAUUGGUCGAGGCAUAACUAAUUAUCUUAUAACGAUGAUGCUUUCCAUACCAUUCGUUGCAUUUGCAAUUUUCUAUCGUUUGUUGCAUCCACAACGUGAAGCAAUAAUGCUAGACAGUGUUGUGGUCGAUUUCUACGAGAAAAUUCUGAAUCUUACAACAGAGGAGAUGAAGGUGAGUCAUAUCACUACAACAGUUUAUAAAGAUAAAGCGGAAAGUAAACGGAAAGAGAUAGAAUCCAACUAUUCACGCAAGAAAACUUUGAGUGGAGAAAGUAUGAGAAAUAAUCGUGAUGCAGUGAUGACAAUUGUAAAUGUCGCCGAAAUGAAUCAAUGUAAAAAUAACGGUACAGCCAAACAGAAAGGGAAAUUUGGGCGAUUAAGUCAGAUGAAAUUGUAUUAA